CAGGGACUCGCGGGAAUCGCGCCCCGCUGCCGGAGCUCGCCCUUCGCCCCUGCGCUGCGCGGACCGCGGCCACAGCCGGACUGGUGGGGACGGCGGCAACAGACGAAUUGGCUGACAGUCUCAGUCCUCAGAGUAGCCCCUGCCUUGAGGCGGUGGCGUCCGAGUCCUCUCGUCCGGGAGCUAGGACAGGUGCCGCGCCGGGGGCCCUCCAGGGACCGCGCUGAGGCCGCGGACGCGGCCCGCCCCGCCCCGGCCCGCCGCGCCGCCCGCCGAGCCCAGCCUCCUUGCCGUAGGGGCGUCCUCGGGCCCAGGGCCGCGGAGCUGAUGCGCUCCCGCUGAGCGUCCCCGGCCGGCCAUGGCCGCGCUCCCCGGCCCGCUCUGGCUGCUGGGCCUGGCGCUGUGCGCGAUGGGCGGGGGCGGCCCCGGCCUACGACCCCCGCCUGGUUGUCCCCAGAGAUGUCUGGGCGCGAGCGAGCGCCGGGAGGUGCAGCGCGAGAUCCUGUCCGUGCUUGGGCUGCCUGGGCGGCCCCGGCUCCGCGCGGCACCCGCCGGCCCCCGGCUGCACGCGUCCGCGCCGCUCUUCAUGCUGGACCUGUACCACGCCAUGGCCGGCGACGACGACAAGGACGACGCGCCCGCGGAGCGGCGUCUGGGCCGCGCCGACCUGGUCAUGAGCUUCGUCAACAUGGUGGAGCGAGAUCAUGCCCUGGGCCAGCAGGAGCCCCAUUGGAAGGAGUUCCGCUUUGACUUGACCCAGAUCCCAGAUGGGGAGGCGGUCACAGCUGCGGAGUUCCGGAUUUACAAGGUGCCCAGCAUCCACCUGCUCAACAGGACCCUCCACGUCAGCAUGUUCCAGGUGGUCCAGGAGCAGUCCAACAGGGAGUCUGACUUGUUGUUUUUGGAUCUUCAGACGCUCCGAGCUGGGGACGAGGGCUGGCUGGUGCUGGAUGUCACAGCAGCCAGUGACCGCUGGUUGCUGAAGCGUCACAAGGACCUGGGACUCCGCCUCUAUGUGGAGACUGAGGACGGGCACAGCGUGGAUCCUGGCCUGGCCGGCCUGCUGGGUCAACGGGCCCCGCGCUCCCAACAGCCUUUCGUGGUUACUUUCUUCAGGGCCAGUCCGAGUCCCAUCCGCACCCCUCGGGCAGUGAGGCCACUGAGGAGGAGGCAGCCGAAGAAAACCAACGAGCUGCCGCAGGCCAACCGACUCCCAGGGAUCUUUGAUGACGUCCACGGCUCCCACGGGCGGCAGGUCUGCCGUCGGCACGAGCUCUACGUCAGCUUCCAGGACCUUGGCUGGCUGGACUGGGUCAUCGCCCCCCAAGGCUACUCGGCCUAUUACUGUGAGGGGGAGUGCUCCUUCCCGCUGGGCUCCUGCAUGAACGCCACCAACCACGCCAUCCUGCAGUCCCUGGUGCACCUGAUGACACCAGACGCAGUCCCCAAGGCAUGCUGUGCGCCCACCAAGCUCAGCGCCACCUCUGUGCUUUACUAUGACAGCAGCAACAACGUCAUCCUGCGGAAGCACCGCAACAUGGUGGUCAAGGCCUGCGGCUGCCACUGAGCCCACCCGCCUGCCCGGUCCUGCUGCAGCCGCCCUUCUCAUCUGGAUCGGGCCCCUCAGAAGCAGGAAACCCUCAAACCCAGCCAGACCCCAGGCCGGGGCAUUGCCAGGGAGGACCCUCACAAUCAUGUCCAUGACCCUUUCUCCUUCAUGCCAGGCUCCUAUGCUCCCCUUGCCCUGCCAGGCGUUUGUGUGACUGUCCUGUCUACAGCGCAGGUGGUCUCAAUCAUCAGGCAGUGUUCUACCCAAACCCCUCCCCCGAAGGCAUGUCCUGGCCGGUUCUUCAGGGUUGGCACAGAAGUCCUGUCUGAGGUCCUAUCCAUGCCCCUUACUGGCCCAGGUCGUGAGACAGAUGUGGAAUGACCUGGGAGGCACCUGGAGCCCACUGUUGGCCACCUUGAGCUCUUCACCAUCCAUCACAGGGUGUGGUAUGUGUAGUCAGGGUCUGGUUGGCUCCCCAUUGCCUGCCCCUCCGAGGUGCAAGGCUGGGUUUAAAACUGGACAUCCCCUAAAGUAUUGUAUAUUCAUAGAUCUGAAGCACUGAUCCACUGGCCACAGGUAGGCAUGUGGAGUCAACUCAAGAAAAAGCUGAGUGAACAGCUUUUUUUUUCUGAGUGAACAGAAAAGCCAAUGGCAUUUAUCUUCCCUUGUCUUCCUGCUUUGCAUCUGCCUCUGCCAUCUAGGAAAGCCAUAUAAGUGCAUGGACAUUUUGUUUCAGAGAAACAGAAAAAUCUUGGGGCUUCCAAUUGACCCAUCUAUCUGCCACCAUGUUGCCCCAUCAGGAGCUCAGCUCUGUGGAGUUUUCCCUUUGCUAAGCAAGCAUGAGGUUGCAUUGGGUGGCCCAGGAUGACAAUGCACAGCACAGAUGCCAUCAUUUCCCUUUCCUCUGCAUGGCAGACAUCAAUAUCAAUCUGGAAUGUUUUUCUUCCAAAUCUGAAUGGAAUUUUCAAAUGGUCAGCACAGCCACUGCCAACAGAUACGAUGUAAAGUGAAACCUGGUUGUUAUCUUCUGCCAUGCUGAGGAGCAGUCCAUCCUCGCCGAGCAUGUAUCGGCAACAUGGGCAGCCUGUGGCCAGGUCUGGGGAAAGGCCAGGGGCUAUCAAAAACAGGCUGGUUACCAAAGUCAGUGUCACCCUGGGUGCCCACCAGCACUGUCCUGUGUCUUGGGCCUGUGAGUCAAAGAAAAGGUCCCUGUCCCAGGGAGUGACAGGCAGUAAUUAGGCUGAGUUGGGUGGGGAGGUUUGUCUCAGCCUCUGUUGUUCCCGGAAACCGCUGUCCUCCUUGGAGCAGCCACUGGGAGUUGGAGUGUUUAUUUGAUUUCUGACUUGCUAAGCCUGUAAUUUACCUGCUGGAAUAGACAGAGUCCAGCUGCCCAAACCGUGUCAUUAAAAGCAGAUCCUGGGUCUGCUCCACCCACAGGCACGGCCCAGUGGGGUGGCUCCACCUCCCCAUGUGCCCAAGGAUGCGCCUCUCUGGAGUUCACAUGCUGCACCCCCAGAGAGGGGCCUGGGGAGAGCUGAUCUGGCAGCAGGGGUGGAGGCUGGGGCCACGCUGCAGGACAGCAGCCCCUCCACCUGGACCAGGGAGGGCCUCCGUGUGCAAGCACAGAGGAAGAGGCCUUCCCAUGUAUGCAAAGGGCGGCCCCAGGCUGUCUGGAAGUUGGUGAGUUCCCUAUCAGCACAGGGAUCUCAGCUCUGGCCUGGAUGUGAGGAGACCUGCCUUGUAGGUGGCUUCCUUAUCGGGGCCUCCAUUUUCUAUCUGCACUUUUUGAUUUCCAAAAAACCUUCAGCCAAAGAAUCUGUCUACCAACUCCUCACAGUGAGCCAGAAGCAGCCUCAUAACCCUGAAUGUGGGGCACCGGCGGCUGUCACGAAGCAGAGUUGGCACAUAACAUGGAACCUGGCCAGGCACGGUGGCUCACGCCUGUAAUCCCAGCACUUUGGGAGGCCAAGACGGGCAGAUCACCUGAAGUCAGGAGUUCAAGACCAUCCUGGCCAACACAGUGAAACCCCGUCUGUACUAAAAAUACAAGAUUACCUGGGCAUGGUGGUGCAUGCCUGUAAUCCCAGCUACUCAGGAGGCUAAGGCAGAAUUGCUUGAUUCUGGGAGGUGGAGGUUGCAAUAAGCGGAGAUCACACCAUUGCAUUUCAGCCUGGGCGACAAGAGCAGAACUGUUGUCUCAACAAAACGAAAUUAUGAAACCUGUUUGCUAUCCUAGUAUUUACUUAACAGUUCCUUCUUAACAUCAAAGAUGGUCUUCUAGGCAAUUGUAAAUUUUAAAUUAGCCAGUUAUUUUGACAAGUAAUUUUUUACUCCACCUGUAUUUUUAGUGCCCAGCCAAUGAUCUGGCAUAGUUAGGUGUGCACCAAGAAUGUCUGUAAACUACCUGAAGGUUUGUAGAUAUGGAAUACACCUUACCCAUUAAUCAAGCUGUGCACAGCAGGAACCAACAGGAGCUGUGAUCCUCCUGGUUCAUACAGAACAAUGGAAAAACAUAAGGCUUUGUCUACCUAGUUGGCCAUCAGACUUUCAGCAACUUUGUCAUUCAGAUAGUCACCAAAUGAAAUAAAAUAGAAAAAUCCCUUGAGCAAUGAAACGAUUGUGAAUGAACACAAACCCCAUGAGUUUAAUCCUUGAGUUAUCUGUUUGUGAGCCAAGCAUGUGCAUUUGCAGCAGGUGGCCCAGGCCGGCAGCACAGAUACCGCCAUUUCCCUUUUCUUUGCUUAGGGCAUGGCCUGUUGCACCAGAUGAGGGUUGGAAGGAUGACAGUGGUGGUCAUUUCAGAUCUACUGACAGCAAUGAGAAAUCAAUGACAGUUGACAGGAAGAGAGGACACACACAACAGGCGAAGGAGGAACGCCCAGCAGUCUUGGUCCUUGCAGUGCAAUACUGGCCUUGAGGCCAAGUCAGCAGGGGAUUCGUAGUCACUAACUUCUAACUGAGGCAGGGAAGUAACAUGUUCUGGAAAAGGUCCAAAGAAACAGGAAUAGAGGCAGUGUAGCAAGAGGUAGAUUUUUGGUGCCAAAUAAGAUUUGAAUCCUGGUUCUGCUUCCACCUUUGUAGAGUAUGAUAUUGGUUCUUCCCUCCCAAAGUUAUUAUAAAGAUUAAAAAUAUGUACAUAAAUCUUUAGGAUGUCUGACAUAUAAAUGCUUAACAAUAGGUACCUGCUGGUAUUAUUACAAAUGAAUUUGCUUAUUUUUGAGCCACUUCUAUGUCGUCCAUUAAACCAAAAUGUGUUCUGCA